UCUACUUGGUUCUUAUUAAACCUCGUUUUCUCCAAUACAUCCUAUCACCACGCAAUGAUCUGUCUCUCUGUCUCUGUCAUUGGCGAAGCACCUUAAGCCUCGCGAGAGACAACAUCGAUCCAUAGAAUAAAGCUCUAAUCCAUAACCUCCUUAAACAUCACGCGCUACUGUAAAAGCACUAUGAGUUGCGCCAACAAUGGGGCGGCGCAAAGUUCCACCCGACCGCUCACUCCGAAACCUGUCUUCAGGCCCGACCCAGACCCAUACCCGACAACCUAUGUCCAAGCAGACACCACCACCUUUAAGCAAGUAGUGCAAAUGCUCACCGGAUCAUCCGAAACAGCGAGACAAGCCUCGACCGCCAUCCAAGAUCCGGCGCUGCCUCCUUCAAGAAGUGUGAAGCCUCCUCCUACGACAAGUAGUCCUAGAAAGCAAGGUUUCAAGCUGUAUGAGAGGAGGAACAACCUCAGGAACUGCGUCAUCAUGAACACUAUAGUUCCCGGUAACUCAUCUCUGGACAUUCCCGGGUUCUUAUCGCCCAGAUGUAAGGCGGAGAUGUCGCCAAGCGCACUGGAUUUUCCAAAUAAGCUUGUGCUUAGCCCCGUCACACAUUUGAGGGAAGACCCCUUUAACAAGUCUUCUCCUACUUCGGGAAAUUUGUCCGAGGAGGAGAAGGCCUUAGCUGAUAAGGGGUAUUAUUUGCACCCGUCGCCAAGAAAGUCUCCCCGAGAUGCCAAACCAAAGCUUUUGCAGCUCUUCCCUACAACUUCAGGUGCUACUUCUUUCACAGAGAGAUAAAGAGAUGCGAUAUCCAGAGCCAUUUCACGAUUCUAGCCAAAGAACAGGAAAGGAAUGAUCAUGGUCUCUCUCUCUCUCGCUUGAUGGAAAUAGUAACUUUGUACCUGAAAAAAAUUUGGGGUAUGGACGAGUGAGUUCUGAAGGACACCUGAGGAACUGUAAAGGAUGCAUAAAGAGAAAAACCAUGUGCUCCCUUAAAUUAUACCGUCUCAGCAGGUUUAAACAGGCUGUCUUCACCUGUUUUAUUAGACAAGCAAACUUCACUGUCGAUUGCUUCUUCAUAAAAUGAUAGCUUCAUCUCAUAUCAUGAAUUUCACGGUCCCAACGGAGGUUCCAUCUCACCAGAGGUAUAAAAGUAUAAUACAUUACUACUCCAGCACGGCCAGGUGAAAUUGAUGAUCCUCGAUAUCAUUAGAGUAACAUUGUGUGUGCCCCUCAAGUUCUGCAUAUCCGAGUGCAUAUCUCUGUACUUGAUGGUUGUUUGAGAAGUUCAAUCCCUAUAGCCCGUGCGAGCAAACGCACUAUUCGAGCUUUUUUUAUCAUUUGACCUAUUGAUAGGUGUUCCAGGACACCCAUGAAACUCCCUUAAGGAUUCUUAUAAAAUGGGAACCAUUGCGACAUAUUACAGGAAAUCACGAAAAGGUCGUCAGACAGUCACAAACAUAGUCUUUUCUAAGUGGGUCAUCAACAAUGUCGUUGCUCUUCAAGAGGUUUGGCCCAGGCCUCUUCAAGAGCAACAUGCGCUCGACCCGUGACUCAGUAAUCGCCUUAUGUUCGCAGACUGGUGCAUUUAGGAACUGAC